GAUAACUAGCGUUGGGUCCUAAAUAUCAAAACAGUCAACAUGGCGGCGGCGUCCUGCAGGCGCACAAUCCGGAAGCUCCUGCGGGAGUCCUCGCGCUCUUUUGGGUUCUCAGUGCAAGAUGGAGGUCAGUGCCGCUCCCUGUGGUCAGUCCAAAAACACAGUGUACAAGCUCAGCAGUCACAGUACAACCCGUUCUUAGCAAGAUGGCUGUCAGUUUACACAGAAGACACCCCAAAUCCCAGGAGUUUAAAGUUCCUUCCUGGGAAGCCUGUGCUAGGAACAGGAACACUAGACUUCCCAAAUUUAAGUUCUGCAGAGUGUUCUCCUUUAGCCAGAAAUCUUUUUCAGCUUAAAGGGGUGAAAAGUGUGUUUUUUGGCCCUGAUUUCAUCACGCUUACAAAGAAUGAUGACGCGGAGUGGGCAGAGGUUAAACGGCAUGCUAUUGAGAUCAUCGAAAAAUUUUUUGAAAGUGGAGAACUUGUGACAACAGGAGUAGCACACACAGAGACCAAUGUGUCAGAGGAGGAUGAUGAGAUUGUUUUAAUGAUUAAAGAGCUUUUAGACACUCGAAUCAGGCCUACUGUACAGGAGGAUGGUGGUGAUGUCAUCUUUAUGGGCUUUGACGAUGGAACAGUGAAGCUGAAGCUUGUUGGCUCUUGCACAGGCUGUCCCAGUUCCGCAGUCACUCUGAAAAGUGGCAUUCAGAACAUGCUGAAGUUCUAUAUUCCAGAGGUGGAUGAUGUUGAACAGGUAGAGAAUGAAGUGGAUGAAAUCAGCAGGAAGGUGUUUGCUGAAUUGGAAAGGAAAUUAAAUGAUUCAUAACGUGAUCCUGGCAUGUUUUGAUGACCUGGAGGCUAACAAUAUGGUGACAUCUAACAAAAGAUUCCUUUUUACUUAAUCCUGGUCAUUGUAGCAGUGGCUCUGGUGAGGGUCCCAGCCACAAGGCGGUCAUACAUCCAGGCUGGGAUGCCAGUCCAUCACCAUGUGAAUGAAUACACAAGCACACACAUCAUAAUAAUCUAUGAAAAACACGAAACAAAAACAAUAGAAAUAAAGUUUAUAAAAUAUGCAUUAUAAAAUAUAUUACAAAUUAACAGUAUUUCAUUGUCUAUUUUUAAAGAUAUGCUGCAAGUUUUCCUUUACUUUAAUUCAGCAUAUCCUCAGUUUUAUUCUACAUUAUAUAUUUAAUUUAGGAUUUCAGGAUGCGACUGAAUGCUUUCACGCUAAAUGAAACUGUAAAUAAUGUACUUGCCUGAAUUAUUAUUUAUCACUCAUUCGUUCUUUUCAAACACUUUUCUGCAGUGUUAUAUCACUGUAAAGCUUCAGUCCCUGUCUGUGAGUAGUUUUGCAUCCUCUCUCCAUCACAUGGGUCAUCCUGCAAUCCCUAAUGUGUUACUACUUUACAUUCAGCGUACUGGUUUUGAAUUUUCUUUUUACACUGAUGAGAAUAAAGCUGUUGUUCAAGAUCAA